UUCAAGAAGAGGUGAUCAGUGGGAUAUCGAGCACCUUUUCCCCCAUUGGGCUCAGGGUCACAAGCAUCGAUCCAGAUUGCGUCAAUCGGAUUGAUUCCAAUCCACCAGAUAUACAGUAAGCUCCCUUCACCGCCUUCGAUGUGGCCAGCUUUAAGGUCAGAAAGGUAUUCCUGAAUUUCGUCCCGAGUAUCAGGAAUGUCUACCCCCAAAUAUGUCAGGUGUUUAUUCGCAUGAGCUCCGUUGCUACUCAAAAGAAAAAAUGGCAGUAAAACUUUAGUCCGGAUACUGAACCUCUAUUUUGACGAUGAAGAUAUUUAGAAGCCUGAAAGCCAUUUUCGUUCGAUCGUGCUCAGGUUAUAUCUUACUAUGAAUAGUCGUAGAGCUUCGGGGGUUGUCUUUGAGACAUCUCCUUCACCAGGAUGUUUGGCCAUAGAAUUCCGGUAGAAUUCGCGCCAAGAGCAGCGUAUGGAUUUGUAGCUGGCUCGGUUUUCCGAUGUUCGUCGUCUGAAUAUGAAUCUCCGAACACUACCACGCUAGAGUACACCACUUUUGGCCUACUUAAAUGCUCAGCCGCUUAUAUCCUUCGGGAAGGACGAUGUAGCAUAGAGCCGAACAUCUACAUUAUCUCGGUCCCAAAACGGGGAUGACAAUUGGUGUGAGAAACUGAAGAUUUUCAAAAACUCCGGGGGCCAAAUACUGUCAGUUUCAUGAAUCAUUCCUCAUAUAACGCCCAUAGUGUUUCGAAUGUAUGACGAU